AUGUUCCCUCUUGCACUCGCUACGGUAUUCGCAGUUAUUUUUGCUACGGUGGACGCUGAACAUGGAGCGCUGCAGACUCGUCAUCGUCGACAGUACUCGUAUUCACUGUACUACUUUUGUGGAUCGUAUCCGAAUCAGUAUCUGUCCUACUAUCCAUGUCCAUGUACGAGUUGUGGAUCAAGUUGCCAGCAUAGGUGCUCUACUACCAUGUAUUGUCAGACAAUGGACAUUAGCUCGUCUUGCGUGAACGGUUGUUGCACGCAAAACCGAUAUCCGCCCAUAACAUCCACAUCAAUGAGGCCAACAACAAAUCUAACAGCGAUAAUUGGCAAAUUCAGAGAGGCAGAGAAGCAACGUGUAAACGAUGAUGACGAUGAUGAUGAUGUGAUGAUGAUGAUGCGAUGA